UUUUCCCACCAUCCACAGCUGAAAGACAGCAAAGGAGCCUUUUCCCUCCGUCGCCUGCGACCCCAGUUUCAUCUCCAUCAUCGUUGAACAAGAUGGAUGAGACUCCUGUCAUCCAUGGCGGUGCUGCCGAUGAGAUUCAUGCCGGCACCACCACUCAAGAUGCCCCCGGUGAUGUUGUUCAGCCUUCCAGCCAUGCUUCCGAAUCGCAAUCGCGUCAGGAAUUUGCCGUGAAGACAUCUGAAAAUAUUUCGGACACUGAUAAUCCGCUAGAUGCCCCUGCCUCUCCCAAACCUCAGACUGAUGUCGAUCCCGAAGAUGAAGAGAUGGGCGGCACUGAAUUAGAUGGAAAGAAAGAACUCGAAGGGGGCGACGAAAAUGCCGACGGCGUUGCGCAACCAGCUGAAGGUGCCGUUGAGGAAACGCCGGCGCAGGCCAAGCAAUCGCUCGAAGCCUCUGCUCGGUCACACUUGGUCUCGCAAACACACGCCAUCAUUCUUCCCAGUUAUUCAACAUGGUUCGACAUGCACACCAUCCACCCUAUCGAGAAAAAGGCUUUGGCAGAGUUUUUCAAUGCCCGAAACCGAAGCAAGACCCCCGCUGUCUACAAGGACUACCGAGAUUUCAUGAUCAACACCUACCGAUUGAGCCCUAUCGAGUAUCUUACCGUUACUGCCUGUCGCCGCAACCUUGCCGGUGAUGUUUGUGCAAUUAUGCGAGUUCACUCGUUCCUCGAGCAAUGGGGCCUGAUUAACUACCAGGUCGACCCUCAAACACGGCCAUCGAACAUUGGCCCGCCGUUCACGGGCCAUUUCAGAGUCACUGCUGAUACCCCACGGGGUCUUCAACCAUUCCAACCUGGACCCAACCACUUCGUGACCCCAGGAAAGCCUCUCCCUUCCACUGACCGUGCUGCCUCUGCUACUCCAGCAUCCAAGGCCGAUCUUAACCUCGAAAUCCGCCGUAACAUCUACGAUGACAAAGGCAAGGAGAUCACACCUGCUACUGAAGAGAAGGACAAGCAGACCAACGGGGACGGAUCGUCCGCCAACGGCACAGCAGGCGAUACCAAGACACUGGAAGGCGCUGCCCGAGACCCCAGAAGAAAAUUCCACUGCUUCACUUGUGGCAUCGACUGCACUCGGCUUCGAUUCCACUAUGCUAAGGCAACCCCAGCCAAUGCAAACCCUAACGCCCCUGACACAAAAUACGACCUUUGUCCCAACUGUUUCUUGCAAGGACGGAUGCCUUCCAGUCACAGCGCUUCCGACUUUGUGAAGCUCGAAGACAACGCACACUCCCUCGUUCCCGAUAAGGAUGCCCCAUGGUCUGAUUCGGAGCUUGUGCUGCUCCUUGAAGGGUUGGAGAACUUUGAUGACAACUGGGAACAGAUUGCCAACCACGUUGGCACAAGGACAAGGGAAGAGUGUGUGAUGAAGUUUUUGCAGCUUGAAAUCGAAGACAAAUACGUCGAAGAUGUGCCAAACCUGCGCUCUGGAAGUGGAAAGGAGCCCAUUAGCCAGUCUGAGAACCCCGUCUUGUCGGUGGUCGCAUUCUUGGCACAAAUGGCAGAGCCCGCUGUGGCCGCUGCUGCGGCCGGACGUUCCGUGGAUGAGAUCCGCAAGGAGCUGAGGAAACAGCUCGAAAAGGGCCCCGAAGGUGAAAACCCCCAGGACAAGGGCAAGGAGAAGGAAGGUGAGGUGAAGACAGAAGAUUCCAUGGAUGUUGACCCUUCGCGGGAGGCUGGAUCUACAGAUGUCGUGGAGGCCGAGAAGCAGCCUAAGUCAUCGCUCCCCACAGUCGCUCUCGCAGCCUCUGCUGCCCGCGCUGGCGCUCUUGCCUCGCAUGAAGAACGCGAGAUGACUCGUCUCGUCUCUUCUGCCGUCAACGUUACUCUCCAAAAGUUCGAGAUCAAGUUGCAGCAGUUCAAUGAGAUGGAAGAGAUCAUUGAAGCCGAGCGUCGGGAACUCGAACAGGCCCGCCAGCAGCUUUUCCUUGACCGAGUGGCUCUGAAGAAGAGAGUUAAGGAGGUUCAGGAUACUCUGCAAGCCGUCAGUCUCAAGGGCCCUGGUGAAGAAGCAAACAACAUGCUCGCUGAGGCCUCAUCGAUUGGCAUCGGUAACCGCUACAACUUCCAGCCUGCAGGCGGUGAUCUGAGAGCUGGUGCUCAGCCCUGGAGUGCAGAGGCCGGUGCUGAGUUCAAGACGCUUGAUUUGUAAGGAUGAUAUAAACAUAAGAAUGACAUGCGUGAAACGUUCUUCAACUUUUCAGACAGAAAAAGAAAUAUUCCCAAAAAAUAAG